UCCAUCCAUGUUCAUUAACCCCUCCCAGCCAAACUGUUACUAAAGUUACCACCAGUCUUGUAACACGAAUAGUCUGUUCAACAGUCUGCUGCUUUCUGCUUGUUUUAAGCAAAACACAGUGGUCUCAGGUUACUGCUUGAGGAAUGGGUUUGGUGGAAGAGCUUCUCGUGCAACCUAUAAUCACAGGCAUAUUGCUUGUGAUAGUGUUUCUGCUGAUUGUGUAUUUCCUUUUUUCUGAUGCCAGCUCUCAGGAAGAAAACAAAGAGCCUCCGGGUCCUAAACCAGUGCCUAUCCUGGGAAACAUGCUACAGCUGGACCUCAAGAGACCCUACCUGACUCUGCAUGAAAUGUCAAAGAAAUAUGGCUCAAUAUUCACUGUGUAUCUUGGGCCUAAGAAAGUGGUUGUCUUGGCAGGAUAUCAAACUGUUAAACAAGCACUUGUAAAUUAUGCAGAGGAAUUUGGAAACAGAGAUAUUACUCCCAUUUUCUUUGACUUCAGCAAAGGACAUGGAAUUCUGUUUAGCAAUGGUGAAAACUGGAGAGAAAUGAGAAGAUUUUCGCUCACCACCCUUCGAGACUUUGGGAUGGGCAAAAAAAUUAGUGAGGAGAUAAUCAUAGAAGAAACACACUAUUUGAGGGAAGUGAUUGAAGAAUUUCAGGGGAAUCCAUUUGAUACUUCUCAGCCAUUAAAUUAUGCCACCUCCAAUGUCAUCUCUGCAAUUGUGUAUGGAAGCAGGUUUCAAUACAGUGACCUUCACUUCAAAGAAAUGGUUAACCGGAUCAACGAGAACAUCAGGGUUAUGGGCUCACCUUCUAUACAGAUCUAUAACAUGUUUCCCUGGCUUGGUUGCUGGCUAAAGAACUGGAAGCUCAUCAUGAAAAAUGUGGAGCAAAAUAAAAAGCAAAUAAAAGAGCUUUUGGACAAGUUGGAGGAGACACUAAAAGUUGAGGAAACCAGAGGCUUCAUUGACUCUUUUCUUAUACGCAAAAAGAAUGCAGAGAAAGCUGGAGAUAAAGACACUUUGUUUCACGAACAGAAUCUCAUUAUAACAGUUUCCAACCUGUUUGCUGCUGGUACUGACACGACUAGCACAACACUUCGCUGGUGCCUUCUGCUCAUGGCCAAGUAUCCUCAGGUUCAGGACCGUGUCCACGAAGAGAUUGACAGAGUCAUUGGAGGUCGUCAGCCAGUGGUGGAGGAUAGAAAGAAUUUGCCUUACACAGAUGCAGUGAUCCAUGAAACUCAGAGACUAGCUAACAUAGUACCAAUGAGUCUCCCCCAUACCACUAGUUGUGAUGUUAAAUUCCAGGGCUUCAUCAUCAAGAAGGGUACCUGCGUGUUUCCUCUCCUGACAUCUGUGUUGAGGGAUGAAAGUCAGUGGGAGAGCCCACAGAGCUUUAACCCAGCACAUUUCCUUGAUGAGCAAGGCCGAUUUGUUAAGAAAGAUGCCUUCAUGCCUUUUUCUGCAGGGCGGAGGUUGUGUCUGGGAGAGAGUCUGGCCAGGAUGGAGCUAUUCCUAUUCUUCACCUACUUAAUACAGCAUUUCCACUUCACUCCUCCACCAGGGGUGUCUGAGGAUGAGCUGGACCUCACUCCAGCUGUGGGCCUCACAUUGAACCCCUCUCCCCACAAACUGUGUGCAGUUAGCCGUGCAUCACACACACAUUAAGACCUAAUUUACAUAAACCCCCAAAUGCUCUUAAGUAUAUUAAAAUGUGUACUUCUUUUAUAUACUUACAAUUUUAUGUACUUAAAUAUGCUAAAUAACAUUAAUCUCAUUCAUUGAUCAAGUGUUUAAAUAAACUUUACUAGUUGAUAACACAAAAAUAAAAGUAAAUUGUAAUAACAUUACUGUGAAAUAUACGUUUAAUUAAAACUUUUUGAUUUAAAGAAAUACACUUGUUUUUGCAAAGUCUGUUAAACAAUCUUUAGUAAUGCAGUUAAAGCACAUGCUACAUGUUAUUAUACUUUCAUGUAACUGAAUUUUAACAAGUAAAAAGUGAAUGUUGCAUUGUUAAUUAUAUUUCUGAAAAAAGUCAAAUUAAAACUUUUCUGUUUAAAA